CCCAUGAUAUGACGUCACGCAGGAAAUUAAACAUGGCCGACAGCUAGCGAGGGGCUUGCUGACAACCUAGCCCAAAAUAUUGGCGAACUAGGGCACAUUCUACCAUUCUGGGCGAUAAUUUUUACACGUUUUGGUGGGUAUUAUCAACUUUUGUAACAUUUUUGACGUUACCAAACCCUAAUAGUUGGGCUAUUUUCUUUCGUCGUACCGGAGGAGCGCAGUGAAGCCGACUGCGUUAGCAGCAUUAGCAUUUGAGAUAGCUCGCGGUUUUGUGUGUUUGUCACUAAACACGCGCUCGAGGAGUGACACUUUUUGUGGGGGGUUUUUAAUUUUUUUUUUCUUCUCCAGUCGACGAGUGUUACGGAACUUCACUAAACGACUAAGCCAUACCGUUGGAUAUUUGCUUGAGCAAACACUUGAGAAGCAACCGGAAACAACAUGUCGCAAAGACGCAAACAUGGCGGCUCUCACAACAACACCAGCAGUAGCAAACAUGGCGGAUCUAACAACAACAACAACACCAGCAGCAAUAGCAGCAGCAGCGGGGAUUCGGACUGUGGCAGCCCCGCUUCCCACUCCGCCGAGAGCCUCCAAGCUUCCUCGUCAGCGGGCAACGCGUUCGCCAACGACGGCAGCUUCAUGGAGAUGUUCAAGAAGAAGAUGGAGGACGAGAUGAGGAAAAAGGCGCAGGGGACAGAUGGAGAGCAAGGACAUGCGUCAGUGGAAAGGAAGCCUCCUCCAGUGACGAGCUUUGUGGGGAAGCGCAGAGGCGGAGUGUUCCUUAAGACCGGCAUGGUUGCGAAGAAGCAGAAACCCGACUCGGAGACCGAGCCGGGCAAGAGUGACGCCUGGUCAAAGUACAUGGCCGAGGUGAAAAAGUACAAAGCCCACCAGUGUGGUGACGACGAUAAGACGAGACCUCUGGUCAAGUAGAAGCUGAGCAGGAGAAGAAACCAGAGGAGAGACCUUCAUCAGCCUUGCUUCCAUUUUGUGUCGACCGGUUUGCUUUGACACAUUUUUUGUAUGAUUUUCCUUCAUUCUGUUUCAUAAACUUUGCAUACGUGCUUGAUGGUUAAGUCCUUUUAGUAUGGCGUGAUUUAUGUUGGGGCUGGAUUAAAAUCUACACACUUG